AUGGGGAAGACGUCUAAGCAGACAAAGAAGUUUCAAAACAAGCACUUGAAGCAUACGAUUGAACAUCGUAAGAAGGCGCAGGACUUCAAGAAAAAGGCUGCAAUGAGAAAGAAAGGUGGAGGAGCCAAAGAGGAACCACAAGUCGAGGCAGUUAAAGAUGAUACGAAGAAUUUUGGAGAAAUGUCAGUGGACGACUUCUUUGCUGGCGGCUUUGAGAUACCAAAAGGAAUGGAAAAGAGCAAGAAGAAAUUGGAGGACUCAGACGACGAUGCAUCGCUGUCAGAUGAAUCUUCUGAAGAUGAGGAGGAUAUGAAAAAGAACCUUGAAAAUUUGGAAAAACAGGACCCUGAAUUCUACAAGUAUUUGAAAGAGAACGAUAACCAGCUUUUGGACUUUGAAGGAGUCAACCCAUUGGAGGCAAUGAGUGAAGACGAAGAAGAAGAAGAAGACGAGGAGGAGGAGGUAGUUGAUGAAGAUGAUGACAAGGAAGUCACAAACAAAGGUGGUGCAGACAAAGAUGCAACCAAGUCCGGGAAUAAGGUGGAGAUCACUACAAAGCUUGUUGAAAAAUGGGGCACACAGUUGGAAAAGCCUACAGCUAAGGUUAUUAGAAACAUUGUUAGUGCAUUUAAAGCCGCGGUGAAUAUUAAUAGUGGGGAGGACUACAAGUAUUCCGUAGUAGAUCCAAAGGCAUUCACUGAGUUGAUGUUAUUGGUUUUGAAAAAGGUGCCCAUUGCCGUGCAAAGUGUUGUUAAAUACAAAACAAAGCAAGGCGUUAGAACAAUUCCUCAAAAUGCACAAGCCACUCAAAUCGGAUCUAUUUUGAAGAACCACGCAAGCUCAUAUAUCACUUUGCUCAAGGACAUUACCAAUACGGAGACAGCAGCUAUAAUUUUAGCUUCGCUUUAUGAAGUAUUCCCUUAUUACUUGUCUCAUCGUCGGUUGUUGAAGCAAAUCAUUACUGCUGUGGCCAAUGUUUGGGCCAGCUCCAAUGACACGGAUACACAAAUUGCUUCUUUUGCUUUUAUCAACAAUGUGGUCAGGGAAUACCCGAAAUCCAUUUUGGAAACCGUUCUCAAAAUCUCCUACUCGACGCUUUUACAACAUUGCAGAAAAACCAACGCUCACACAAUUUCCAGAAUUAAUUUCUGCAAAAACUCAUUAGCCGAACUAUUCAGUGUCGAUGAAAAGAUUGGAUAUCAAAUUGGAUUUGAGUAUGUCAGACAGCUUGCUAUACAUUUGAGAAACAGCGUAAACGGAAAAGGAGGUUUCGUGACAAUUUACAAUUGGCAGUACUGCCAUUCCCUUGAUUUUUGGUCAAGAGUAUUGACAAUCUGCAAAGAGGAGUCAUCAUUAAGGCAGCUUAUUUACCCCUUGGUGCAAGUUUCGCUAGGAGCUAUCAGAUUGAACCCAACCGCCCAGUUUUUUCCCUUGCGCUUUUAUUUGAUAAGGUCUCUUUUGAGAUUGUCAAAUACAGGAGUUUACAUACCGUUAUUUCCAUUAUUGUAUGAGGUCUUAUCUUCAACCGCCAUCACAAAAUCACCAAAACCUUCCACAUUGCAAAUUGUUGAUUUCGAACACAACAUCAAAGUGAAUCAAGCUUAUUUGGGAACCAAAAUCUACCAAGAUGGUUUAUGUGAGCAAUUUAUCGAGUUGACUUCGGAAUUUUUUGGUUUAUUUGCAAAAAGCAUUGCGUUUCCUGAGUUGAUAACCCCUGCUGUUCUUGGCUUGAAAAGAUUUACCAAAAAGUCCAAAAAUGUCAAGUUUAAUAAACAAUUGAGUCAAUUGAUUGAGAAGCUCAAUGCAAAUGCUCAAUUGAUUUCAAGCAAAAGAUCAAAUGUUGAGUUUGGUCCAAGUGAUAAGAGAGAGGUUAAAGAGUUCCUCAAUAAUCUAAACUGGGAAAAGACCCCUCUUGGACAGUAUAUUGUGGUUCAAAGACAGCAGAAGGAGGAAAGGCUUAGAUUGUUUAAAGAGGCCCAAGAGGAGGAGGAAAAGGCGAAGGAAGAAAAGAAAAGAAAAGAGGAGAAGGAAGAAGAAGAAGAAGACGAAGAGCUAGCACAUCUAGAGGAUGACGAAGAUGCGCUGGAGAAUGAAGAUAUGCUGGAUUGA